AAACAUAAAUUAUUUUUUAUUCAGCAAAAAUAAAAAUUUCAACUAACUAUUUAUUUUAGGUUUCGAAUUUACCAAGACGUCAGUUGUUCUUACACCGAAACAUUCGAAAGUUUAAACUUAAGCAUACUUCUAGGAAUUCAUCUUCGACUAGUUCACCGGAAUUAUUUGUUUCGAAAAAUUCAAAUGAGUUAGCAACACCAUCAACCAGUUCAACACCAAUAAACUCAAACGCUUCAAACAACACAAUAAUUGGUUCGAACAACGCGGAACAACUGGAGAGUAAUUCGAAGUCCGAAACCGAUGAAUGUGAAAUGAAAUCCGAUAAAAAAAUAUCUUCAAUGAGUAACAAUACCAAUGAUAGGACGUCAGAACGCAAAACUGAAUCAUCUAGUAUAAACGUGACAUUAAUUACGAAUCAACAUGAAUCUACUGAAACUAACAAAAAUCAAUCAAUUACUGAAGUUAAAUCACGACCAUUAGAACGGAUUGGAGCAGAUUGUAACGAUGAAUAUUUUAUAGACGAUAGGUCGGAAAUAAAUAUAAAUUUCCAGAAAUACCGUAUGGUUUUCGUAGUUAACAAAGAUGCCGUUUUCUACAAAAAGAGUGCGAUCACUCAGGCACGAAAAACUCACCCAAAAAUCACAAAGGCUAGAGCUAAUAAAUUCCAUAAAUUUGUACAAAAAUGGUGUGAAGAAAAUGUGAAUGAGGAACAAAAUGAGAGUUGCGUCAACUGGUUUAUGGGAAGACAACAAAACCAAAUACCAAAUAUUGUUACUAUUAAACUGCAAGAAAAUGAUCUGUCAAAAACGCCAUACGCUCUGUAUAAUCGCUACAAAGUGCAACAUUUAAAUGCAUAGUUUUUAAGUAAUAAACGUAAUCGAUUUGUUUGUAAAUAGAUAUUUGUCUUAUCAUAUGAUUGAAAAAGGUAAAUGUUUUCGAAUGAAUUUCACGAAAAUAUGUAUUGGGAAAAUUUCACGAAAAUACAUUCAUAAACAAAUCUGCUAUUA